ACAGCACCCGAGUCCCAGAGGGACCAAAUGUCCAACAGCAGCUCCAUCACAGAGUUCCUUCUCUUGGCGUUCGCAGAGUCGCGGGAGCUGCAGCUCUUGCACUUCUGGCUCUUCCUGGCCAUUUACCUGGCUGCCCUCCUGGGCAACAUCCUCAUCACCACAGCUGUAGCCUGCGACCACCGCCUCCACACUCCCAUGUACUUCUUCCUCCUCAACCUCUCUGUUCUUGAUAUCGGCUCUAUCUCCACCACAGUCCCUCAAUCCAUGGCCAACUCCCUCUGGGACACCAAGGCAAUCUCCUACUCAGGAUGUGCUGCCCAGGUCUUCUUUCUAUUCUUCUUUUUUGGUGCAGAGUAUUCCCUUCUCACCGUCAUGGCCUAUGACCGCUACGUUGCCAUCUGCAGACCCUUGCGCUACGGGACCCUCCUGGGCAGCAGAGCGUGUGUCCACAUGGCAGCAGCUGCCUGGGGCAGUGGUUUCCUCCACGCUCUGCUGCACACGGCCAGUACAUUUUCCCUACCCCUCUGCCAAGGCAAUGCCAUAAACCAGUUCUUCUGCGAAAUAUCCCAGAUCCUCAAGCUCUCCUGUUCAGAUGACUACCUGAGGGAAUCUGGGCUUCUUGUGUUUAGUCUUGCCUUUGCUUUUGGAUGUUUUGUUUUCAUUGUGCUGUCCUACGUGCAGAUCUUCAGGGCCGUGCUGAGGAUCCCCUCUGAGCAGGGACGGCACAAAGCCUUUUCCAUGUGCCUCCCUCACCUGGCCGUCGUCUCCCUGUUCAUUAGCAGUUGUAUGAUUGCCUACCUGAAGCCCCCCUCCGUCUCUUCCCCAGCUCUGGACCUGGUGGUGGCAGUUCUCUACUCGGUGGUGCCUGCAGCAGUGAACCCCCUCAUCUACAGCAUGAGGAACCAGGAGCUGAAGGAUGCCCUGAGCAAACUGAUUCAAUGGGUUCGCCUUCAGCAGCAGUAA